AUGGCUUGUACCGCAAUGAAACACAGCAGGCUGACGGUCACCAUGACUUCCUCUUUCCAUCUCUUCAAAAGAUUGGAAACAACAGUGUUGCCAAGAAGGUUGGAAGUAUCAUCAAAACAAACCUGCCCCCCAAAACUCCCGACGAAAUUACAAGUCAAUACACUGCAAAAUCUUUGCGAAUUGGCGGAAUUACACAUCUUGCAAGCCAUCCUACAAUGACCACUCUUCGUGCUGCUGCUCGAACUGGUCACUCUACGGGAACGACCAUGGAUAGCUAUAUGGAUUCUGCUGACGUUGUGAGAGGGAUUCCUGCUGCGUUGGCGAUGCAUCGAUAUGAGUCGCUUGAAUCAAAAAUCAAAGUGUACUCGCUUGAUAUGCUUCCAGAGUCGGUGGAAAAGCUGGUGACGUCCCUGUUCUGCAUCUCAGUACCGAGCUUCAAGGCAGAUGGGUCACUAUAUGCGGUUACGAGAGCUGCGGCAGCCUCCCUAAUAGCCCAUCACAAUACAGUGACAAGCGACCUUGGUUACAGAAAUGCAGUUUCUUGUUAUCUUCGAACCAAAGCUAGGGAUUUCUUGUUAUCUUCGAACCAAAGCUAG